UGGGACAAAGCGGACGGACCAAAACGAUGUUAAGCUCCCCAUCCACUCCCGCCCCUCCUCCCCUCCUCUCUCCUCCACCGCCACCUCUUCCCCUUCCGAAAUUCCACCACCACCUACUCCUCCUCCCAGUCCGCCGACGCCGCCUCCUCGCCUCCCUCACCGCCCCGCUUCUCCAGCUCCUCCUCGUUUCCCCCUCCCCCGCCCGCGCCCGCGGCCUCUUCCGCAUGCCUCCCGCCCGCCUCGCCAACCGCUACUUCCUGGUGCGCGCCGGGGAAUCGGUCUACGAAAGCGCCGGCGUCCUGCGCACCAACCCCGUCGCCAAGACGUCUGUCGACAGCGGCCUCUCGCCCGAGGGCGCGAGGCAGGCCGCGCGGGCUGCCCUCGAGCUCAAGCAAAUGGGGGCAUGCGAGGAUAGCUGCUGGAUUUGGCCCUCCAUCACCCAGCGGUCCUAUCAGGCCGCCGAAAUCAUUGCUUCCGUCAACAGUAUCGAUCGCAGUCGGAUCGUGCCCGAGUACAGCUUUCUUGAUGCUCGAGGACUGGGAGUAUUCGAGGGAAGAAACUUAGGCUCUAUAUCUGAGGUUUAUGAAUCAGAUAGUCUUUCUCCUGAUAAUAAACCCCCUCCGGUUGAUGAUGGAACACCAAAUGAGAGUGUGGCAGAUGUGUUUGUCAGGGUAACACAACUCAUGUCAAUACUCGAAACACAAUAUUCUGGAGAUACUGUAAUUAUUGUUUCGCCAGAUUCAGACAAUCUAUCAGUUCUACAAGCAGGCUUAGUUGGACUUGACUUACGCAGGCACAGUGAUCUGUUAUUUAGCCCUGGUGAGGUCAGGCUCGUGGAUCCAAGUAGCAUACCUGACUACAAGCAACCAGCUUCUGCUGUUUACAAGUGUGCAAACCCUCCAAGUUGUAAAUGACUUUUUUUAAGCUUGUUGGAUAGCUUCAUGUGGCAUCUCAUCCUAAGGUAUAAGAUAGACAUCCAAUUAGCUAUAUGUGUUCUUCAAUUUCUUCUGGUCAUUCAUGUGGUAUGAGUUUUCGUCGUUACAGUAACAGCAUUCAUUCUGCACAGUUUUUGAACAACAAAGAUCAAUCAAGGACUUUGCAGGACAA